AUGAAUGAAAUAAUAUUAAAAUUUAUUUUUUUAUUUAUUUUUUCAAUAAUUUUUAUAAAAAUAAAUUCCCAAUUAAUUAAUGAAGAAGGACAACAACAACAAAGGCUAUCACAAUGCAAUGAUUGGGAAUUUGAAUGUAAAGAUGGAAAUUGUAUUGCACGUUAUGAUCAAUGUGAUGGAAUAAUACAGUGCCCUGAUGGAUCAGAUGAAGAUAAUUGUCGAAAUAGAUAUGAGCAACAUCCAAGAAAAGAUGCUGCCUCAAUUAAAUCUUCAACUAAAUCUUCAAUAGUAAAAUCUAGCACUUCAAAACCAAAAAAACUUCAAGAAAAACCUUCCCCCAAAUAUUUAUUGUUUGGAGCAAUUAUUUUAUUAAUUUUAAUUGUUAUUGGGAAUAUAUUUUCUAAAUUAAAAAAUAAAUACAAACAAAGAAGGAAUGCUGGAUUUCAUGGAUUUAGAAAAGGAGAAAGUUUAAUUGAAGAAGAAGAUGAUUUAUUAAUUGCACAAGCUUACAGUAAGAGAAUGUAUAAACCUUCAAUUUAUGCUAGAUUAUAUGUUAAACGUUCUAGAAGAGCAAGAAAUACUCCUCGUGUUUCUCGUCCAUGGCGUCCCAGAGUAAUUGCUUGGGCUGGGCCGGAUGCUUUUAUUCGAAAUAGAUUUUAUGAACUUGAUAAUUGGUAUAAAGCAAGAAUUCACAAACCAGAACUUUUUCCGAAUUUACAUUUAAUUGAUCCAGACACAAUUUUUGAAUCUUUUGAAGAAAAAAUUAAAGGUGAAAAUGAAAAAGAAAAGAAUUUAUUAAAUAUUGGAUUUAAACGGUUGGAACAAAAUUUGACAAAAUUAUCCUCGGAAGAUUUGGUUAAAUUGGAGAAUUUGGCUAUAAAAAAUAAACUUUUUCUUGAUUUUACCAAAAUUGAUUCUUCAAACCAAUUGGCUCUUUUUCAACAUUUUAAUAUUUUUGAUGAUUUAUUUAUGCCUGGAGUUUAUUUUUAUAAUGUUCAAAAUAUGAAUAUUUUUUGGAAUAAAAAAGAAGAAAAUAAACAAAAUAAUAUUUAUUUUGGAAAUAUAAUUAAAGCUACAGACACAACAAAUCCUCCAAAUAUUGAAAUUGGAAAUAUUUUUAAAAAUGAUGGAGACACAAAAGAUGAUAAAACUGGCUUUAACACACUUUUGAUGCUUAAUUUGGAAGGUCCAGGUCUCCAAAAUGAAGAAGAUAAUUUAUUUGAAGAAGACCACCACCAACAACAACAAUUAAUUAAUAAUAUAAAACAAUUAAAAAUCCCAGAAAAAGACCAAUUAUUAAUUAAUCAUUUAAAUAAAAAUAAACAAAUAAUUCAUUGGUUUGUUGGGAAUAUACCUUUAAAUGGUGGAGAAAUUAAUGAUGGAAAUACUUUAAUUAAUUAUAUACAACCAAUGCCUUUUUAUGGAACUGGAUAUCAUCGUUUUGUUUUUAUUUUAUUUCGACAUUCUGAAGUUAUUAAUUUUGACAAAUAUUUUGAAAAUUUUGAUUUUUCUUCUUUUACUUCCCGUAUAUUCAACACAAAUUCUUUUUAUAAACAUUUUGAAGAUAAAAUUACGCCUUCUUCUCUUCGUUUCUGUCAAAUUAAAUGGGACCCAAGUUGUGAUAGAGCUUUGCAUUCUUUAGGUGUAAAAUCUCCUCGUUAUUGGUAUGAAUGGGAUCAACCUCUUAAGCCAGAACAGAAAGAAUUUCCACUAAAACCGAUGCCUUUUAAUCAUUAUUUCCAAAUGUUUCGAAAUCCAGAAACUGUUCGAAAAGAAGUUUUAAAGAAAAAAUUAGAAAUGUUAGUAAAAUCAAAAGAAGAACAUUUAAAACCACAAAAAUAUCCGGACAUUUUUUAUAUGCAAAAUCGUCUAAAUUUGCCUUCAUUUGUUCAAGAAAGAAAUAUAAAAAUAAAUAUUGGAGAAGGUAUAUACUCAUUUUUAUAUAAUAAUUAUGAAAAUCCUGUUGAACAACAUUUAAAUGAAAAAUGGAAAAUUAAAUUUGAGGAAUUAAAAGAAGAAAUUAAUGAAGAAGAAAAUGAAAGGAAAAAAGUUGUUUUAAAUAAAUAA